AUGUCGGUGGCAAAAGUUGCAGUAAAAAGGACGUCGACGAAAAGAAAGAUAAGCAAGAAAAGUAAAAAAUCAGUUGCAAAAGUUUCGAAACUUGCUGGAAUUAUUUGCACGUCAUCUUCGGGAUUACCAAAAUGGCAGCAAUCGCCGAUUAAUUUAAGCAGAACGGCUACUUGGCUUAAAAAAUUCCCACCUUUAUAUUUAACUAACUAUUGGCCUGAUGAAGGUUCAGCUACAAUGACAAACACAGGCAAAACAGUUAAGAUUGAAUUUUCAAAUGAAAUAUUGCCUACCAUGAAAGGUGGUCCUCUGGCCAAAGAGGAAUUUCAGUUUAAAAAUGUGCAGUUUCGUUGGGGUGCUGAAAAUUCAUUUGGCGCGGAACAUUCUAUAGAUGGUAUUUGGUAUUCGAUGGAAGCACAGGUAAUACACUGGAAUACCCGUUAUGGAAGCAUGGAAAGAUGUCUGGAUCGACCGGAUGGAAUUGCCAUACUCUCGUAUCUCAUACAAGUUGUCGGCUGCCCGGGAAUGCCCGAUAAUCCUUCUCUUUCACCUAUUACGGAUAACUUGUGCAAGAUUAAAAGAAUGGGAAGCAGAACUAACAUUCCGCCAACGACUUGUCUGCUUUGGAUGUUGGAAGCGUGUUUGGCACAGGGAUAUUACGUUUAUUCCGGUUCUCUCACAACACCGCCGUACAACGAAUGCGUUAUUUGGAUAAUUUCACCUAGCGUGAUAAAAAUAUCGCUUCGUCAAAUAGAUGCAUUUAGAGGCCUCUACGAUGGUAAACUGCAAAAUAUAUUAGAAAAUGGUAGAAUACAACAACGUCUUCACAGAAGAAAAAUUUUCUUUGCCAGCGACAGCUUUAUUGCAUGA